CUAAACGCCCGACCAGGAUACUAAUUCAAGCGAGAGGUUUCGCAACUUAACAGUUACACUUACAUUUAGAUAAGUGUAAGUGGAAAUAUAUAUAGCCUACGCAGGUGCAAAUAAAAUUUUAAUAUGUAGGCUAGAUAGAUUAUGAGGAAACAAAAGUAAAACUACACUGCAGAAUCAAUACCAGGAAUUGUAGUCUUAAUAUCUUAUUUCUAUUUAAUGCGAAUAGAAUUUUUGUAAAGAUAAUUAAGGCCCAGAUUAGUAAUGUCACACACACUUCUGAGAAUUUUGUUGGAAAUCGUGUCUAUAUAGGUUGGCGUGGCUAUACCGCUCUCCAUUAAUAGAUCUACACAGUUUUGGAAGAUUUUAAAAGCUAUUUUGACAGUUUUUCUAUAGUAUCUGAUUUAUAGUCAGAAUACCUGGAACAAAAUAUCAGAUUCAAAAUGUUGCUGUCACUUUUCAUUAUCUCGACUGCCGUUACUGGUCUUGCUCUUUAUAAAACCAUUGUUUUUAUAUUGAACCAAAUGUCCAAACUUAUUUUACCACUGGAAUUCCAAUUUAUUGGAAAGCUAAUCAAUGGCAAGGCGCACAUGGACGCGGAUUCUGGAAAGCCAACUAAAACGACUGACCCACUGAAAGAUCCAACAACGCCGGUACCAGCAAGCGUCAACUAUCAUUUUACUCGACAAUGUAACUAUAAAUGUGGGUUUUGCUUCCAUACAGCCAAAUCAUCAUUUGUUUUACCUCUAGAUGAAGCUAAGCAUGGAUUGAAGAUUUUGAAGCAAGCAGGAAUGGAAAAGAUAAAUUUUUCGGGAGGUGAACCAUUUUUACAAAACAAAGGCCAUUUCGUUGGUGAACUAGUGAAAUAUUGUAAAGACAGCCUUCAAUUACCCAGUGUUUCUAUUGUCAGUAAUGGCAGUCUCAUUAAAAAGUCUUGGUUCCAGCAAUACGGUACCUAUCUUGAUAUUUUGGCCGUGUCAUGUGACAGUUUUAAUCCAGAGACAAACGAAAUGAUUGGUCGACAACAGGGAAAACGAAGUCACCUAACCUCGUUAUACCAAGUUCGUGAUUGGUGUACAGAAUAUAAGGUGGCCUUUAAAUUAAACACAGUGGUUAAUACAUAUAACAUAGAUGAAGAUAUGGCUGUUUCUGUAGAGAGUUUAAACCCCUGUAGAUGGAAGGUAUUCCAGUGUUUAAUACUUGAUGGAGAAAAUGCCGGAGCAGACGCUUUGAGAGAUGCAAGUCGUUUUGUUAUACAAGACGAACAGUUUAAUGAUUUUUUAAAUCGUCACGCGCAUGUCCCGUGUCUGGUGCCAGAAUCUAACGAAAAGAUGCAGAAUUCAUAUCUGAUACUGGAUGAAUGCAUGAGAUUUUUAGAUUGUCGGGACGGUAAAAAGAUUCCAUCUAAAUCUAUAUUAGAUGUGGGCGUGGACCAGGCUUUAUUAUUCAGCGGAUUUGACGAAUCUAUGUUUUUAAAACGUGGUGGCAGAUAUACAUGGUCCAAAGCAGACAUGACACUCGAUUGGUGAUUGGUUUAUCUCGUUUUGACAAAUAUCCACCCAGCAUUAUAUUUUUUAAAGAUGAAAGAUUAAGAUAAAAAGCGGACAUGUUCUUCUUAUAAUAGUUCAAAAUAGAUAAUAUAAGCUAGUCCCGAUUGUCAAGUACCAUUUCUACGAUAAUCCAUUUUAUCGUUAUAUUGUUAUAAUCCAUUCAAUAUCACGAUCAUGGGAUGGUCUAGAGAAUUAAUUAUGGGCUUAUCAUGUUAAUAAAUGCCCCCAAAAUAGCUUGUAGAACAUUAAAAGUCAAAAAUAGACCUGCACUAGGCAGAUUUAGCUCUUACAUAAUGCAUCUUUUUUUUAAAACAUUUAGCUGCCCUUAUGUGUUAUCCGUCAUAAAACGUGGUUCGUACAUUAAAGAAUGUGCAAUUCUUUAUAGUAUCUAUCUUGAAAACAAGCCACAACUGACCUUAAAAAUAUUUACAUUACAUGUAUAUCUAUAGUGGGGAAUGCAAAAAAAAAAAAAAAAAUACUCAGAUGUAUACUUUAAAGUAUUAGUUUUAAUCAAAAUAAUUAUAAUAAUAAUAGUAUAAUAAUAAUAAAAACUUUAUUUAAUGAGGCAACUUAUUUAGUUUGCAAAAAACCCCCCUAAUCUUCCAUAAGUCCCUCAUAAGCUACAAUAAUGAUCUCAUGUUUAUGCGCCAACGCGUAGUUUGAGCGUAACUGGAAAUAAUCAUAUAAUUUACAUCCAUGUACAUUACUGCCGAGUAUUAAUAUCACAUUUUAAAUUUUAAAUUGCUUGGUUAUCCUUUAAAAAAGUUUGCACAUUUAUUGUUAUUUAUGAACACUUUUUAAUAUUUUUUUUUAUUCAUUGUUUUAUACUUUUAACUCUGAGCACCUUUCAAAAUAAUUAAAUAUUUACAUACAUAUUCAUUUAUCACCGAUUUUUACUAUGAUUUUUGGAAUUUUAUACUAUGAGGUUUAAGGUAUUGACGCUAUUAUUAGAACACGGAUUUUUACUAUCAUUUUUGGUAUUUCAUGCUAUGAGGUUUGAGGUAUUGACGUUAUUAUUACAACACUUUAUACGGUUAUUAUUGUUCAUGCAGGUGGAAUUCGAUAUACGAUUAGGCCAUAUAAUGCCACUGUCCGGGCAAAAUUCCCCCAUAGCACACUGUAUUGCAAAUGCCCAUCUUCAUUAGCCCAUUUGGAACAGAACAGUAGGACUUUUAACCCCAUUUCGUUUCAUUUCGACUCAAAACCCCAUCAUACAGAAAUCUUCCCCAAAUCUUUUUAAAGACUUUGACCAUCGAAUACAUGAAAGGAAAAUAAUAGUUAAUUUUAAUUAGAUUGGGGUUUAAAUAUAUUGCACAUAUAGUUUUAUAAGUAUACCUUCUCUGCAAUACAUUGUUGUAUUCUUUUCUGUUAUUUUAGUAUUUGUUGUUAUGAUAUUAAGAAUUUGUUUUGUUAUGAUAUAAAAUAAUCUGUUUUGUUAUGAUAUUAAGAAUCUAUUUUUAUACGCCCACAUGGAAAUGUGGUCGUAUAUUGCCGUCGCCCCCGUCCGUCCGUAUGUCGGUCCGUCCGUCCGUCCGUCGUCCACAAUUUCUUGUGAACACUCUACAGACUACAUUUAUCAUCUGAUUGUUUUGAAAUUGAUAUAUGUUGUUUGCAUAAGUGAGAUGAAGAAGCCUAUUUAAUUUCAAUAACUUCCGUUAAUUUCAUCUGGAGUUAUCGCCCUUGUUUCACGUUGUUGCACCUUGUGAACGCUCUAACGACAAAAGUUAUCAACCGAUCCGUAUGAAAUUUAUAUGCAUCAUUUAAAUUAGUAAAACAAAGAAGCCUAUUGAAUUUCAGCAAUUUCCGUUAAUUACAUCUAGAGUUAUGGCCCUUGUUUCACUUUGUUGAAUCUUGUGAACGCUCUAAUGACAACCGUUAUCAUCCGAUCUGUUUGAAAUUGAUAUGCAUCAUUUAAAUUAGUGAAACGAAGAAGCCUAUUGAAUUUGAGCAAUCUCCGUUAAUUACGUUGUGAGUUAUGGCCCUUGUUUCACUUUGUUGUACCUUGUGAAUGCUCUAACAACAAAAGUUAUCAACCGAUCUGUAUGAAAUUUAUAUGCAUCAUUUAAAUUAGUAAAAAAAAAGAAGCCUAUUGAAUUUCAGCAAUUUCCGUUAUUUACAUCUAGAGUUAUGGCCCUUGUUUUACUUUGUUGAAUCUUGUGAACGCUCUAAUGACAACAGUUAUCAUCCGAUCUGUUUGAAAUUGACAUGCAUCAUUUAAAUUAGUAAAACGAAGAAUCCUAUUGAAUUUCAGCAAUUUCCUUUAAUUACGCCGUGAGUUAUGGCCCUUGUUUCACUUUGUUGUACCUUGUUUAUGCUCUAACGACAAAAGUUAUUAUCCGAUCUGUAUGAAAUGUAUAUGCAUCAUUUAGAUUAGUAAAACAAAGAAGCUUAUUGAAUUUCAGCAAUUUACGUUAAUUACAUCUAGAGUUAUGGCCCUUGUUUCACUUUGUUGAAUCUUUUGAACGCUCUUAUGUCAGUUAUCAUCCGAUCUGUUUGAAAUUGAUAUGCAUCAUUUAAAUUAGUGCAACGAAGAUGCCUAUUGAAUUUCAACAAUUUCCGUUAAUUACACCGUGGGUAAUGGCCCUUUUUUCACUUUGCUGUACCUUGUGAAUGCUUUAACGACAAAAGUUAUUAUCCGAUCUGUAUGAAAUUUAUAGGUAUCGUUUAAAUUAGUAAAACGAACAAGCCUAUUGAGUUUCAGCAAAUUUCCGUUAAUUACAUCUAGAGUUAUGGCCCUUGUUUCACAUUGUUGAAUCUUGUGAACGUUUGAACGACAAAAGUUAUCACCCAAUCUGUAUGAAAUUCAUAUGCACCAUUUAAAUUAGUGAAAUGAAGAAGCCUAUUAAAUGUCAGCAAUUUCUGUCAAUUACUUCUAGAGUUAAGGCCCUUGUUUUACUUUAUUGAACCGUGUGAACGUUCGAACGACAAAAGUUAUCAUCUGAUCUGUAUGAAAUUGAUAUGUAUUAUUUGAAUUAGUAAAACGAAAAAGUUUGUCGAAUUUCAACCAUUUCUGUAGAUUACUUCUAGAGUUACAGCCCUUGUUUUAGUUUUUAGAACCUUGUGAACACUCAAACGACGAAAAUUAUAAUGUCAUCUGAAUGAAAUUGUCUAUUAAAUGCCCCCUAAUUACCUACAAAAGAACAAAUAUACGACAACUCUUGUCGACCGCUCGGACGAUUUAGCUGCUAUGGGCGUAUGUUUAGUUGCCUGGCAACCUAUCUUGUUAUGUUAUUAAGAAUCCGUUUCGUUAUGUUAUUAAGAAUUCGUUUCGUUAUGUUAUUAAGAAUUUGCUUUGCUAUAAUAAUAAAAAUUUGUUCUGUUACUCUC